AUGUAUACUCGUAGUCCACUGUACUCCCAUAUUUCGGGUUUUAUGAAUGGCUUAUUCACUGUUAGAGCAUUCGGUAAGCAAACAGAAGUUCUGCAAGAAUAUCAUAGAGCUCAGAAUGUGAACACUGCUGCCUUUGGACUUACACUCACAACUGCUCGUUGGUUCGCUGUAUGCAUAGACUGGUUGGUAGCCAUAUUUGUGUCGAUUGUGGCUUUCUUCAGCGUUAUUAGUACAGUGACUAUGAGUUCUGGUGAAGUGGCUUUAAUGUUAGUCUAUGCAGUUCAGCUGACUGGUUUCUUCUCAUGGAUUAUGCGACAGUCGGCUGAAUUACAGAAUGGAAUGGUUUCUGUCGAGAGAAUAGUGCAGUACACUGAACUCGAAUCUGAACAUAACGAUUCCCAAACCGAAAGGGUGCCGAAAUCUUGGCCAAGUGAAGGACAUAUCAAGGUUCCGCACUGUUGCUUAGUUAUUCCAAUCAGUAAUUUAUACAUGAAAUAUGGCGAAAACGAAGAGUACGUGCUAAAAAACAUUUCAUUGGAUAUUAAACCGAAGGAGAAGAUUGGUAUUGUGGGACGUACCGGGGCGGGAAAGUCUUCUUUGUUGCGAGCUCUAUUUCGACUCACACCUCCAUCAUCCGGAAUUGUGACGAUCGAUGGUAUAGACACAGCGACUUUACCUUUGAAAGUGCUUCGAAGAGGGAUUGCCAUCAUUCCGCAAGAACCAGUUCUUUUUAUUGGAAGCUUGCGGAGGAAUCUUGAUCCUUUUAACCAAUAUACUGAUGAGGAACUAUGGCGUGUCUUAGAUCAGGUAGAGCUUAAACCUGUAGUGAUGGAAUUAGCUGGAGGUUUGGAAUCGCCAAUGCACGAAGGGGGAUCUAACUUUUCGGUUGGACAGCGACAGCUUGUUUGCCUGGCAAGGGCUCUUCUGCGUAAUUCUCGGAUCAUAGUCAUUGAUGAAGCAACUGCAAAUGUCGACCCUCGAACGGAUGCGCUUAUUCAACGAACUAUACGCGGAAGUUUCGCGGAUGCUACUGUAUUGACCAUAGCACAUCGAUUGAAUACAAUAAUGGAUUCAAGCAGAGUUCUUGUAGGAUAA